AUGGGUAGCUUUAGUGAAGAAGAAUAUGGGUUUUUUGAUGCCCAAGAGGAUAUUGCAUCAACAUCUGAUGCAAGUUCUGAUAACAUUGAGGUAUUUGAUUCAACUUCUUCCUUCAUCAAUUGGGUUCCACCUAGUUUACCAUAUGAGGUUUGGGUUCAAAGCCCCGGAAGUGUUAAGGAGCGUAGGAUUAAGUUUCUGGAGUGGAUGGGACUGAGUUCAGAUCAGAUUGCGAGAGAGACUUCACUAGACAUAUUUAGUGAUGUUCCUGGGGAGGUUGAAAGAAUUCGAGAGACUAGUGGGGCUGUGUUGAGAACCUCACGUUUUGAAGAUGAGUUUUGUUUCAGUCGGUCUUCAAUGUCAUGCUGGCGUAAUGGGUACUCCAAUUCCUCAAUUGAGUUGGGUUCAAAGGAUAAUUCUGCAUGUAGAGGUGGAAAUCCAGGUAUGAUAUUGGAGUGUAAUGCAGAUGAACUGGGCCAGGAUGGUAAAGUAAGUGAAGGUCAAGAAGUGGCUGAAGAGUCUGAGCGCACUUCUUGUUCAUCAUCUUCCUUGUCUCUACAAUUGAUGGAAAAUCAAGUGGAGGAGGUGCACAAUAAAGCUGGGAUACUGAAGAGAGUUAAGAAGGUGUGGUUGAGUAGGUUACGGUCCAUGUCAUGCCUUGUUGAUAGGCAAGGGGAGGCAGAUAAAUUGACAGACAAUGAAAAUGAUGCAAUUGUGGGGCACAGGGCUCAGAGAGUUAAAGUUCGCCAUUGCAGGAAGCGAUUGAAGGAACUUUCAGCUCUUUACAUGGGGCAAGAUAUCCAGGCUCAUGAGGGUGCGAUUUUGGCAAUGAAAUUCAGUCCUGAUGGACAAUACCUAGCAAGUGCCGGUGAAGAUGGGAUUGUGCGAGUCUGGAACGUGGUGGAGGAUGAGAGAUCUAAUGAACAUGACAUUCCAGAAAUAGAUCCAUCCUGCAUUUACUUCACAGUGAAUCAUCUCUCUGAACUAAAUCCACUAUUUGCGGAUAAGGAUAAAAAAUCAGGGAGCCUUAGGAAAACACCGGAUUCAGCUUGUGUUAUUUUCCCCCCUAAAGUCUUUCGGAUAUUGGAGAAACCAUUGCAUGAAUUUCACGGGCAUGAUGGUGAUAUAUUGGAUCUUUCUUGGUCAAGGAAUAAUUAUCUUCUGUCGUCUUCUGUUGACAAAACUGUUCGUCUCUGGCAAGUGGGAUGUGACCAUUGCCUCAAAGUCUUUUCCCAUAGUAAUUAUGUGACCUGUGUUCAAUUUAAUCCUGUGGAUGAUAAUUACUUCAUCAGUGGUUCAAUAGAUGGCAAAGUACGCAUUUGGGGAAUUCCUUGCUGCCAAGUUGUUGAUUGGAGUGAUAUAAGAGAUAUAGUUACUGCAGUGUGCUAUCGCCCUGAUGGGCAGGGAGGAAUUGUUGGCUCAAUGACUGGCAAUUGCAGAUUUUAUAAUAUAUCAGAUAAUCAUUUGCAAUUAGAUGCUCAAAAAUGCUUGCAUAGUAAAAAGAAGUCUCCCUGCAGAAAGAUUACAGGCUUCCAGUUUUUCCCACACAAUCCCAGCAAAGUGAUGGUCACUUGUGCCGAUUCACAAGUCAGCAUUCUUCAUGGUCUUAAUGUGGUUGGCAAGUAUGCAGGACAACGUAAUGCAGGAAACCAGACAUCUGCUACCUUCACUUCAGAUGGGAAACAUAUAGUUUCAGUUAGUGAGGAUUCUAAUGUAUAUAUAUGGAACUGCGGUAAUCAGGAAGAACAUGUUCUCUCUCAAGCAAAAAAGAUCAGAUCUUUUGAGCGCUUUUCCACCAAUGUAUCUAUAGCAAUACCUUGGUGUGGUUUCAAAUGUGAUUCCUUAGAAAAUGAGAGCCAAUUUCAGGCCAUGGAUGGGAAGUUACCAGAGACUCUGCCUUUCUCUUCACCUGCAUGUUUUUCUCUCAGCCAGGAUUCUUUCCUUGAGUCUAUUCCCAAAGGAUCUGCAACUUGGCCAGAGGAGAAGCUUCCAACUUCAAGCCCGCUGGCAAAGCUAUCUACUCUGCACAGAUCUGAGUACAAGUUUUUUAAAACUUCUUGUCAGAGCACAUCCAGUUCUCAUGCAUGGGGCAUGGUUAUUGUGACUGCAGGCUGGGAUGGACGGAUCAGAUCAUUCCACAAUUAUGGUCUACCGGUGCCUGUUUGA